AUGGCUACUGGAUUCUUAAUAGUAAAAGGCACCGAGAUUGUCGACGGCAAUGGCGCAUCCGUCAUACUGCGUGGAACCUCUCUCGGAGGAUGGAUGAACAUGGAAAACUUCAUGACGGGCUUCCCCGGCCACGAGUCAGGCGUCCGCACCGCGAUGCGCGAGGUCCUUGGGACGGAGAACUACGAGUUCUUCUUCGACCGCUGGUUGCACCAUUUUUUCACGGAGAGCGACGCAAAGCUCCUGCACUCGCUCGGGCUGAACCUUCUCCGUCUCCCUUUCAACCACCGACACCUGGAAGAUGACCUGAAUCCGCGCAUUCUAAAAGAACCGGGAUUCAAGCACCUUGAUCGGGUGGUGGCUCUUUGCGCAAAGUAUGGUAUCUAUACGAUCCUAGACAUGCACACCGUCCCCGGCGCUCAGAACCAGGAUUGGCACUCGGAUAACCCAACCAAUUAUGCAGCGUUCUGGGACUACAAAGAUCACCAGGAUCGAGUAGUGUGGCUGUGGGAACGCAUUGCGGAGCGAUACAAAGGGAACCCCUGGGUAGCUGGCUAUAAUCCCAUCAACGAGCCUGCUGACCCUUCGCGCACCCUGCUCGCCCCCUUCUACGGCCGUCUCGAGAAGUCUAUUCGCGCCAUUGACCCGCACCACAUCCUGUUUCUCGAGGGAAAUACAUACGCCAUGGAAUGGGAGGGGUUCACAGAGGUGUUACCAAACUCGGUGUACUCGAUUCACGACUACAGCAUGAUGGGUUUCCCCGAAGGCGAGCUGUACCGUGGGACGAGGGAGCAAGACGAGAAACUGGAGCAGCAGUUUCUGCGCAAAUGCGAGUUCCAGCUCCGGUUCAAGGUCCCCAUCUGGAACGGCGAGUUCGGGCCGACGUAUGCCUUUCUAGAUGAGCCGAAUCGAGAGGAGAUCAAUCGCUGCCGUGUCGGGAUGCUCCGGAAGCAGUUGGAGAUUUAUGACCGAGCAAAGAUUCACUGGUCGACCUGGCCGUACAAGGAUAUCGGGCUCAUGGGGAUGGUCUCUACGCGUCGGGACUCGGCCUGGAAUAAGCUCAUCUGGCCACAUGUGGAGAGGAAGCAGCGCCUGUAUGUGGACGGGUUUGUUAUCAAGCAGUCGCCUGAGGUUGAAGGGCUCCUAGGGCCAUUGGUAGAAUGGAUUGAUAAGGUGGCGCCGGAUGCGAAGAACACAUACCCGCUGAACUGGGAUACAAAAAACCAUCUGAUUCGCGCCGUGUUUCGCACGUUUGUUGCGCAAUCGUUGUACAAGGAGUUUGCGGAGCUGUUUUGUGGGAAAAGCAGGGCUGAACUGGAGGCGCUGACAAAGAGCUUUGCUGCCGAAGAAUGUGACCUGCGUGAGGAUUUGAAUGCGGCGCUGCGCGAGUAUGCUAAGGAUCGGUAA